CAUUGUGAUUUGAAGCCCAGCAAUAUCCUUCUGGAUAAGGAUAUGAGUGCACAUGUAGCUGACUUUGGCAUUGCAAAACUCUUGUGUGGAAGAGAUUCGAUGACCCGAACCAUCACACAAGCCACAAUUGGAUAUAUGGCCCCAGAGUAUGGAAUGGAAGGAAUAGUUACUAGAAGAAGGAAUGUUUACAGUUUUGGUAUUGUACUGAUGGAAACAUUCACAAAAAAGAAGCCAACAGAUGAGAUGUUUGGGGACAUCAGUUUGAAGCAAUGGGUUGCAAAUUCACCAUUACUUGAUGUCGUGGAUGCCAACUUACUUGGGAUUGAAGAAGGGGAUCGUGAAUUUGAGAACAAUAGGGAGUGUUUAUCAUCCAUUAUGAGAUUAGCUCUAGCUUGUUCCAUCGAAUCACAAGAUGGGAGGAUAAAUAUGCAUGAGGCUCUAGCCACUCUAAACAAAAUCAAAAACAAGUUUUUCAAGGAUGCUGCUCCGGAAGGAGUUGUGGUGUUGAACCAUCCUCUUGUUUAGCAGCUCAUUGUAUGGGUUUCAUUUCUGCUUAUGAUCUUGGCCUUUGAUUCAGUCUUCAAUAAAAUAUAGCUAUAUAUUUUCACUUUGUAUUUAUUUUGCU